AAGUGGCGCUGACGGCAGCAGCAGCAGCAGCAGCAGCGGGCCGGGCCGCUCUGGAGGCGCCACGGUUUGAGCUGCCGUUGUCGCCGACCUCUCUUCCCUGCCUCCCGCGGCUCCGGUUAUCCCGGUUGUUAUCCCGGCCGCCGAGCUCCGGGAUGUCGUUCGUGAAGGGGAGUCGUCCCUGCGGACCCCGGGCAGGUGGAAGGAAAGCGGUGAAGGUUAAAAGGAAGAAACCUUCCCUGAGGCAGGAAUGGGAUAGUACCGUGAGCGAUUUGUCGGUGCACCGGGCCACUCCUGAAGACCUGGUGCGUCGUCAUGAGCUGCACAAAUCGAGGAAUAGAGCUCUGGUCCAUUGGGAACUCCAAGAGAAAGCUUUGAAGAGGAAGCAGAGGAAGCAGAAGCAGGACACCCCUGAUCUUGGGAAUAGAAGAUUGGUGCUCAUGAGAGAGAUUCUGUCUGACCAGUAUCAGAUGCAUGAGGUGUUGGAAAGAUCCGACCAGGCGAUGGCCGUGGCGAAAAACCUCUUUGGGGAUGCUCCUCGCCGGCGAACAGGGUUUCCGAAUGUAACAAUGGCCCCUGCCUGUUUGGGGAACCCCCACCCGUCCAACCUGAAUGAGGCUGCUGGGAACUCUCAGGCAGCCAGCGGAGGAGGCGUCCAAGGAGAUGAUGAGGGAACCAUCGUCAGCUUUGGCGAGGGGAGCGAGAGUGAGCAGGACGGGUCUCUCAGCUUCCAGUCCAGUGCCAACGCAGCCCGGCUUCUCCGCCACCUGAAGGAAGAGAAUUCUGCAUUUGUCUCCCAGCUGUGGAGAGAUGCGCAGCUGAAAAAUGAGAGCCGGUCCCCUGCAGCAGCAGACGCAGCAGCUACGCCCUCUGCAGCUGCCUGUCCGUCCCUGGAGCGGACAGCAGCUCUGAAUGGUACCAACGUGGUCCAGAGGGUCCGGUCCAGGCUGCAGGUUGAAGAACCAGCACAGAGUCCAGACUCAGCCAGCGUGGUUAGACGUGUUCUGAACCUGAAUCCCAGGAAGCAGAAAAAGACAUCAGUGCAAGGGAAAAGGAAUCCAGGUUCGCAUGCUCCUUCCAAGCAGAAGUCAGAUUCCCCUUCCUGGAGGCCGUUGUCCUGCGACCCCUCGAGUGGUCCCCCGCAUGGCCCAGAUGUCCUGAAACUCCUGACCCAGGAGGUGCAACGGGAGAUGGAAGACUAUGAGCGGCUGACGGGGCGGGAGGUCCAGGCCGGGCCGGAGAGUCACGGCCUGAGUGGCUUCACCCUGUCACUGGUCAGCGCGCUCUGUCGGCUUGUGCGCUACCUCAAGGAGAGCGAGAUCCGGCUGCAGGAGGAAGUCGAGUCUCGGCGGCGGCUGGAAGGAACGCUGAAAAGUCACCGUGAACUGAUCGACGCCCUGUCGGCCGAACUCCUCCUCCUCCGAGAGGAGAGUGCCACUCUGCAGGUGAGACUGCCGCAGCCCACAGCCAUGGCGGAAAAACGGCUUCCUUCUCUCACAAGAGCCAGUGAAGACCUUGCUGGAGCGGGCUCUGGUAGAGGACCCUGCCCAGUGCCAGGAAGGGUUGCGGGACUGGAAAGCACAGAGCCCAGGCCAGAGGCACUGGCUUCACUCCCUGGCGCCUCCGAACCCAUGGUAUUCAGAGGAGAGGGGCGGCUCGAACUGGCACAGAGAGAGCCACCCACCCACCCGCCUCAGUGGCCUAACUCUGAUGAGAGCAUCGGCCCGACCAGCCAACUGCUGACAGCACACAUGUGUGAGCCGGCAGUCAUGUUGACUCCACCCAGGCAGAGCGGCGGCCUGGAGUUCUCACCACCGUGGGAUGUGCAGAGGGGGAACACCCCAGCCCACCCCACCUUGUGGAACCCUCCGACAGCAGAAUCAGCGGGGCCAACCCGGGACGAGAGGAUGCCACCCAGCGAGAUUGAAACCCAGCACUUGAGUGAGGGGAGUCGCGUUUACCCAACACAGAGUGGGCAGGCUUCAUUUGGGAAGGGAGGCCCCGAGCGCCCACCCCAUUCUCCUUUAAUCAGUCCAUCCCAAAGCCAUCGCGGGCCCCAUUUCCGGCCGCAGCCACCAGGAGAGCCAGGGCUCACUGGAAGCACCCCGGUGUCGAGGAUCGGACCGCUGCCUCAAGCAGUUGGGGAUGUCUUGCAGAGCCAAGAUUUGGUGGAUCGAAUUGCGGAGCUCACGCUGCAGAACUCUGCCCUGAGAGCCCAGCUGGGCCAGUGGCGGGGUCCCUGCGGGGAGCCGGGGAACAGUGCCCGGGAACCAGUCACGGUGGAGAGCGCUGUUGGCAACGGUGAGUCCAGGGCAGCUGCCACCCUGGAGGAGCGGAUAGCAGAACUGAACCGGCAGAGCACGGAGGCUCGGGGGAAACUGCUGCGGCUCAUAGAACAGCAGAGAUUGGGUCCGCUGAGCCCUGGCCCUUCGCUGGGGGAUGUUCCCCUCCCCUCCCCCCUCGUGGCUUGGACUGCUGGGGGAAAGAGGACUAUUGAGGUGUGCAUUCCAGGGAUGGAAAGUGCAGAGACCUCAGCGGGAGAGACCCCUUCUCCAGGCAGCGGAACAACGGCAAGGAGAGUGUCGAGAGCUCCCAGUAGUGCCUGCUCCUCAGCGAGCCCCCUCUCAGGGACCGGGAAAUUUACUCCUUGGACACCAAAGACAAAGCAGGUCGGGAAGCCAAAAGAAGAAGGCUGGUUCGCCCUCUCUACCCAUGUGACCUAGCCAAGCCUCAGUGGCCCCACCUGCUUCUGCGGCUCCUGCAUCUGGACACUUUCCCAGCCCAGAACUCGCACCCUCCUGAAUAUUGACCGAUUUCUCUCAGGAACACCCCCAACCCAGGGAUACUCCUGGGGCCCCCGAGUUAAGUAUUUCUCACACCUACAUUUCUUUAAACUCUUCUUCAAAUGGCACACCCCCUCAGAGUUUGAAGCGGCAGUCACUGAAAUUUCCUAAUAGUCACUCCACAGCUCACUUCCCCUUGAGGACGCUUCUAACUAAACCAAGGGUACUAGCAAUGGUGUGUUACAGUUAGCAUUUGAGGCCCACUGAGGGGCAGGCAGGAUUCCUAGCCUAGGGGUUGCGAACACUGAGGUGUCUCUAGUUAUGGCUGCUUUCUCAUGCUGGGAAUCAAAUGGCUUCUUUCCAGCCAAGUCCUUACUGAUCUGUUACCACCUCGGGAUCCUAUUCUUGCUAGCUCGGAGGUUGCUGUAGCACAUCGGUCCCCUCCCGCUUCCUGAAGCUGGGAAAAGGGCACUUUUUGGAUCUGAAUUGUCAAUGUUAUUUGUCCUGCGAGUGAGAGGGGCUUUUUUUUUUCGGUACAUGUUAGCUGGUUUUUAAAUGGGAUUUCAUCUUCACGGAAUGGUAAAUAAUGGAGUUUAAAUAAAAUUUUUUAAAGUAUC